UCAAAAUUGCAAAAAGUAAAUUUUUCUCUGAUAAAAAAUAACACAAAGCGAAAAACAUGGAUUCCGGCAUGUCCUGGGCUGAUCAAUGGGACAACAACCCAGACCCUUCUCCUGCAUCAGACAAAGACAAGAAGGGAAAGGAUGGGUCAGGCAAGAACAAUAAAUUUGGGAAGACUAUGCUGAGCUUCAAAUGGGUGAAAGAACUCCGCAAGAAAACUCAAAAGUGAUGAAAACAUUGUGAUGGUAAUUAUUAAUAUUAUUUAAGAAGCCUUUGGCUCUUAUAAAUUAAGAACGCUGUAAUGUAAUUGACUUUGUCAUUAUCUCAAACUACCUUGUUGAAAUUAAAUAAAUUCCACCUUCUUUUUCUUUAA